AUGUGUGUUGAGCACAAAUCUGUUUGUCCAGUCUGCCGGAGACUCUACCUCGUCUAUGUCGCUUUUUGUCACGCAUAUCACCCUCCUUUAUUGGAGUGUCCAUAUGGCGUUGUAGUACACCCGAUGCAGAUGCUCGACGGGCGAUGCCCAAGCCCUGUUUGCCCAAAUAGCCGCGUGGGGGGCUGUUUGGUUAUUUAG